AUGGCGUUAGCAACAGGCGUUCAGUUGCCACGCGUUCAAGGAGGCAACGCCACCAACCCGAGUUGGGGUAAAAAGAGGGGACAUGCAAAUUACUCUCCGAAAGUGGGAACGCCCACGGCGGCACCGCAGUUGUCAAAAAGUGUUGUAGCAUACGUUUUUCCGAAUGCUGUGGAUGUUUUAAAUUGCAGUGAGGAGGAGUUCCUGGGUCUGCUCACCACGCUCAAGGAGGCCACUGAGCACACCCGGGAGCCAAUAAUGAAGGAAAAGAAGCGGACGAAGGGUUACACCAAGCGCCAAAUGGCAGUCAUGCAAGAGGAACUUAUCUCCUACCAAAGUACGCUGCUAAAAGCUUGUACAAUGUUGAGAGAGUCCGCAGAAGCUGUGAACACCCGUCUUUCCAAGUUAAACGUUGAGGAAUCGUUGCUUAAUGAAUACUACCAAACACUGGAUAGUGAGAUUGAGCUUGGAGAAAAGUAUGGUCUACCCAAGGACGGCAGGUAUCACCUUCAGCAGCGUGAGCUGAGGCGCAUCGUGCCGCGUCAAAGGUACGGAGAGGAACGAGUGUUUUUGGAGGGUCGCUAUGCGAAGUUGACAGCACUCCUGCAUGAGCUAGAGGAGGAAGAACAUGCGAUCUUUCCAGGCUCUGCAGGCAAAGACGCUGCGGUAGCUGAGGCAGCGGUGCUGGGCCGUGAGCACGGCAUGGGAAACUCGACGGGGGAAAAGUUAGAAGAUGCAUAUGGUGGUUCCGCUUCUGCUGCCGGAGGCGGCAACAAUUUGGAGUUGCGCUUGCGUAUGAGACCGCUAUUGCAGAAGCUGCAGGAACUUUGCAUUGUGCCAGCGCUUUCACCUUCCAGUGUCAAGUCACGGUUACGGAAGGAACUAUUACUCCCCUUUUCAGCGCGUGUCCUCGCCCUGAAAAUUGAUGAGGGAAACAACGCGGGGGAACGGUUUGUAGAGUGGUACGUCAACACUGUCAUUGACCCCUUGGCAAUGGCACAACUUGUGGAACUUGUACCACGUGAGUAUCUUGUGACGACGACUGUGCGGUUUGUAAACGCCUGUGAUACAUAUCUGUCCCUUCGACAGGCUCAAGCUCUUCCGGAUGUUUUGCACGUUUUGCUGCAGGCUAUUGCGGAGGGACGCCCGGAUGCCCUUGCGACCCUUGUGCUUUCUCCCUCAGACUCCUACUUGCAUGCGUUGGAAAACAAGGAGCAUGUGGCCAUUGUCUUUUACGCGGCAUUGGUAGCUGGGCAGAUGGAAGUGCUGCGGCAUCUGAUGUCAGUUGGAUUUUACAAUGUCAAUGCCCUUAUCGCAUGGCUCUUUUUAAAUCCAAACACUGAGGCUCCCGCCUACACAGCAUAUAUGACCGAAGUAAGAUCUUCCGUGAAGGAGUACAUGCAGAAGGAGGUCUCUCAGCAGCAGGAUGUUAUCAAUGCAGAAACCCUGCGCAGUGAGUUGGAUGGGGAGAUCACGGCCUCCGCAUUGGUUUUGAGUACAGUGCAGAGUAGUUCAAGGAUUCCCUCAGUGACCAGGGGUUUGUGCGAAACGCUGCGACGCUUCCUGCAGGAGCGCCGAAAGUGGAAAUCUCAUGUUGCCUCACUAGCCAAUAAAACCACCAAUGAUACCCACACAAAGGAAACCAGAGGAGCCUCUUCCGAGUCAGCGUCAAUGCUGGUGCCACAAUUACAAUCAGUGGGAGUUAUGCAGACAACGACACAAACAAGUUUUGCUUCUGAGGUGUCCUUCUCGCAUGUUCUUGAGAAGAGGCGCUUGGACCGCAUUCCACUCUCAUCCGUAAAGUGUGCCGUGCUGCCAGCCGUUACCACCUCAUUUAUGCGGCGGGUGGACCUCUGGGGGUACACACCGCUGAAAGCGACUACCUCCCAUUUUCUGCUGGUAGGUGAUACAUCCACUGCAAAUGCACACGUUGUACAUCUCCCACCGCAGCACGCAGAAUUGUGGCCUGAUGAUUUCACUGAAACAUCGCACGCAAAAUGGAAGCGAGAAGAGGAAAAAGCGUCAGCAAAGAUGAAGGGACCGUGUUUUUACUAUGAGGUACAUAUUUCACUAAAGUUUCUACUCAGUGGUAUCCCUGUGAGCACGACUGUAUUUAGCAGUCUUCCACCUUCUGAAGACAGGUCUGGGCUGCAAACUUCCACAGUUUUUGUUGGCUGGUGCUCAGAGGAGUGUGUGGCUGCUGCUGAUGGACGUUCCACGCAUCCUGCACUUGGAAGUGACCACAACUCCAUAGGAAUUUCUUUUGACAUCUUGCAUAGAGCUGCGGUCAGUGAAUGUGUGGAGGAGAUCAUCUUACGUCCUAUGAAACAUGAGAGGGGCAGAACCUCUGUGUAUCCUGUCCGAAAUGAAGUAGUUCUACAAGAUAAGGCGAUGGAGGAUUUGGAGAGUAAUUUGAAUAAUUCAUGUUUUCCCUUGUUGAGAAUUUUGCUUGAGAAAAACGACGAGAAGGGCAACAAUAUGGAAUUUGGAUGCCACUUCAAUGGACCCUUCUCCUCGCCCAUAUACGGAUCUUUAAACUUUAUGGACAGCAGCUCAGCAUCGGAGGAUUAUUCCCUAUCGGUGGGGGCGUAUGCUUCGACAAGAACAGUGGUUCCUAAUAUUGAAUUCGUGAGCCAGGAAGGGAAUGGUUCCAUGGCAGAUGAAGGAGGCAAAUCGCGUUGGGCCUCUGUCUUUGCUUGUAAUUCGAUCGUACUGAGAGGAGUAUCGGUGUACAACUCUCAGUCCCUGGUGGUUGGUUGCAGCGUGAAUUUUGGUAACCGGAGUGCGUCUUUUACUGUAAACGGAGAGUCGCUUGGAACUGCCUUUACGAGGCUGCCGUCGCAAGCCGCUCUCCGGCCGGCUGUGAGUCUCCAGGCAUCAAAACAAAUCUCGGAAAUGCUUCAGCGUGUGACUCCUUCUGACGCUGCCAUUGUUCGCUUUGUCUUUGAGGAAGCACAUCUUCUGGUCACGCAAAAGGUCGUUCCGGCGCAAAGCAGCUUUCCAGCGGCGUGGCCCUUUGCUGAGACUCGUAAAGAAACGCCGGAACGCAACGCGGAAAAUCAGCAGAACCGUCGGUUGAUUCCCGGAGUUUUAGCUUCAUCUUGCCCAUUGCUGUUUGACGAGAGAAUGAUGCAGUGUGCGCUUCUUCGGCUUAUCACUUGCGGCGAAAGCACGCUACUCACCGGCGACGAUGUCAAUGAGCUCAUGCAGGCGGAAGGAAAAACCCUUUCACUGGGGUCCACCGUGCGUGUCACGGCGUCGAGUGUCCGUCAGCUGUUAAAUGCACAGUCUAACGCGGACGACCUCUUAUUUUUUCCUCCAGUGCUUGUAAAACGUCGUAGUGACGAUACGCAAGGAGAAAAUGGUGUGGCGAUUAUUCCAGAGGAGGUUCCGCUUGUGCCGCUGUGUGUCGCACUCGCACAGCGGCAGCGUGUACCAGCCUAUUGUAUUGCCAUGAAUCCCCUUACAGACUACCUUGCUCAGGACGAUGUGAGUAGACGACAGAGACGCAUGGCUUUACUUGCCUCUGCCACACUGGGCUAUAUGGAGGUUUUGUACGUGCUUCUUGAGCGCAUGUCUAUUGCAGAGACGCUCAGCUUGUUUACGCUCAACCUCUCGAGGAAUGAUCCAGACUAUGAGCUAACGGGAAAGCAGAUGAGGAUUUUUUCUCUUGGAAGCUCUCGAAAGUGCACUUCUGCCACCAUGCUACAUCGCGUUGAGUACACGCCACUUCAUUGUGCACUCCUUGAAGAACACUACGAGUGUGUGCAUCUGUUACUUUACUACCUGAAUCGGCUACUGCCGGAGGAGUACAGACGACAUGCGGUGAACGUCCUGACACGUAGUGGGGAAACGGCACUUCUCAUGGCUUGUCGUCUUGGCUACACAAAAAUUGCAGAGCGACUACUCGCUAUGGGGGCCGCACCGUCGAGCUUCGAUCGUGUAACGCGAACGAAUUGUCUGGAACUUGCCUGUGCCAGUCGUAGUGAGGAAAUUGCAGUGGCCCUUCUACAGACGCCACAUUACUGCUCACAGGUGGCGGUGAAUCUGUUUGGGGUGGCGACGCCGAUAUGUUGGUGCGCGUUAAACAACCUUGGAUCUCUCAUACCCCUGCUACUGAAGAAUGGUGCGAACCUCAAUGUGACGUUGGAUGGUCUCACACCACUUCUUUUGGCGGUCACGUUUGGUAGCGAGGAGGCGGCUCUGCAACUGCUUAACUGCUGUGAGGGUGUGUCAAGUGUCUCCAGUCACCUGACCCAAGCGGGUCAUCCUCCUCAGAGUCAUUCAUCUCACGGGGAGACCAACGAGGAAGACUCAGUCAACGUCUCUGAAGUUCGUCGUACUGCCGUGGUAGACGUCAAUGCACUGGACCCGCUCACGCAGUCUAGUGCCCUACAUUUGGCGUGCGAGCUUGGGCAGCUAAAGGUGGCACGUGGACUCAUUGCAAAGGGGGCCUUAUUGAGCCUGCACAACAAGGCGAAGUUUGCCAAUGCACUACACCUCGCCAUUAUCAACGGACAUGAAGAGUUGGCGCUGGAGAUAUUGGAGUAUGCGAAGGACAAACUUCGACGUGGUCACAACGUACUCAACAUUACGGCUCCUGAAAAAAACGCUGACACAGCAUUGCAUCUCGCCGCCCGACAGGGCAUGUUACAAGUGAUUGAGUACGUCAUGCUUCAGUUUAGCGAAGAUGAAGUUGCACGACUUUCUGGCAUUCGCGUCUUUGCAAAACGGCCUACCCCAGUGAAUGUUGUGGCAACCAACCGUCAGGGCAUGACGCCGCUUCUGGUCGCAAUCCACGCACACCAGGAGGCGGCUGCGCAACUUAUUGCGUCACUCAUGCCAGAGACACUCCCCAACCCGGGUGGACCCGUUAUUGACGGUACCUGCACCGCUGUUUUGGCGAGUGACGCGGAGGGGCUUGACAAUGUGACACUUUACUUUCUUUCACAGCCGCGCUACGCCGCAAAGGAAAGCUUCCGGGAGGGAUUCUUCGCCCGCUACAACGCGAAGCGGCGGCAAAUAGACCUCCGCGAAGACGGUGUGCCUCUUGGAGUGGAUGAAAAAGUCGUAGUGGGUUUCACAGAGCCAGAGAAAAAGCGAAAAAGGGAUAGAACACGUAAAACCAACCACAACUUCCAUUCCAGGCGAGGGCUGGCUUUGCAACGAACGAACGUCUCUGCGGCACUCCUAUCGCGGACGAGUCUUUCGCAGUCAACUUACGCAGAGAAGUUAGGAGAGCGUACUGGAGUUCAAGGCACGAUGCUUUCACGCCGUCACACCUCAGGAGGCUCACAGGCGUCACGGGCAGGGAAGCCACGACGACGAAGUACAUUUGUGCGUAUGCUGCUUGCUAAGGGAGGGAUUGGCCUCACCACACGGAUGUUUAUUCAAAUUUUGGAGCAGGGAUUCCCGCUCGAGGAAUUAUACGUUAUGGUUGACACCAUUUCCACUGAGACGACGCGCUCGACCCAAACUGUGGCUGCGAUGCAGCACGUGGAAACCCUCAUCUUAUUUUUUCGUGAAUAUGGUGGAGUGCGUAUUGCCACAAGGGAUGCUGUUGUAUUUGCGCGACAACUUCUUGCGUCUUCGGCCUUGGCGGGAAUUAUGGAGUCGGACCAGUUGGAGAAUGCCAAAAAACGGAUGAUGGAAAUGCGCCCGCUGUGCAGAGAGUUGGUGUCUGUCAUACGUUCCCGUGGGCAACGCCCAGAGUGUGUGGAAGAUAUGCGUCAAAUAAUUGAGCAACGUGGCGUUGUGGGCCCCUCACUUGAGGAAGAGGUGACGACCCCCUUUGGAUUUACGGUGCUCCAGCUCGCCGCCACCCUGGGUUUGCCGCACGUCUGUGAAUUUCUUUUGAAUGAAUGUGAACUGCAUCCCUUGUAUGUACCGCCAACAAGCAGCAUUCCCUGUAGUGAUAGCAAGUGGCUUCUGUCGCCGUUUCGUCUUGCAUUGCGUUCCCUCAAUGUAAAGACCAUUUCGAUUUUUCUUUUGCUUGAACUUCAAUCGGGUGAUGUACAUGAACUUCUAGAACACAAGGAGCUUCCGAGGGCAGAUAAGCUCCAACAGACGGCGCUUCAGGAAAUUAUUCGUAAGCCACUCGAUACGCUUUCCGCUGCGACUGCUACCGACACACUAUACGUGAUGCGUCUGCUGCUUCACAAUGGGGCUGUGGUGCAAGGCAAUUUUGACAAUGAGGGAGACGACGCGUGGAUGCUGGCCGUGCGUGCCGCUCCUGGAAAGGGUACUAAACUUGAGGUUUUUUUUGAGGAGGAUGUAAAGCUUGGCAUGGACGCAGAGGAAGAAGGAAGUGAAGAGGAUAAUAUGAGGGAAUUUACAGGCAAAUCCGCACGCUUGCGCGUAGACUCACACACGUGGGAGCUUGAACCGAUGCGGCGAAGAGAAAGCUGCAAAAACGGGUGGACAACGAUGUCGUUUGAGGCAAAUGAGGAACCCAAGGUGCCCUUACGAAUGCCAUUUAUGAGCUCCAUGACGGCACCGCAGUGGGUGAAUUCCCCUACGGUUAUGCAAACCUCCAGCGACGGCACAUACGUGGACCUGAAUAAAGAGAGAUACUACGCCCAACUAAUAUAUUUGUGUGCGGAAUAUAACCCACAGUGUCUGAGUACACUGCUGGAACGGUACCCGCAUGUUCUGUCCCCCUCCAUUGUUAAUCCAGUGACGGGUGAUACUUUGCUCCUCUUCCUGUUGCGCCUGGCAGCCAACAUAUAUUUGGCAGAGUGCGGGGUCGAUGUGCUUUCUCAGAAUAAUACAGGCAAUGAGGAGGUUGCAUUAACACCGCGGUGUAUGACACUAGAGGCGAAGACAAUCUCCACGUCCGAUGACGAUUCAGUACCGUACCGUGAUCCCAUCACUAUUCCCACUGUGCGCUCGUUGCUGCUUGUCGUAGAGCAGUUGCUGCGAAAGUUUUUCUUUGGUAAUGUGUACUAUGAGCACAGUGACGGGCAAACCGCUUUGGCCCUGGCCGCGCGCCUAAGUUCCACCCCGAUUGUCUCACUUAUAGUACAGCAGCGGAACGUGUCAAAGGUGAGUGCGUUGAGUAGAAAAAAUACCGAAGAGAGCGAAGCCAUUUUAACUGCCCCCUCCGACUUCUCCGAGGUAGCCUCCGAGAAGGCUGUGAUCAAUGACGACCUUGCACGAAAUUUGGAAUCUUCCUCCUGUUGGGUGCUACUCGCCACACGCCUCUACUAUGCGGAAGAGGAAAUGGAGAUGCUGCUUACAAUUCUCAGACACCUCCGAACGGCCUCUACAAGGUUUUCAUUCUUGUCGAUGGUCUACUCCAAUCUACACCCCAUCGUAGCUCUACGCAUUGUGGAGCAAUACGCAAAUGAUGUGAAGAAAAUUUUUACGCACCCGGAAGCCAUCAAUGCUUUCUGGUCCAACGUUCUUUAUGCCCAGUUUGUGGGCCGACUUGAGGAGGUGCCGGUGACGUCAGCCGAGUGGAGUUCCAUUCUGAGUGUGCUGCUUCCCGCUGCCUCGGCCAUUCCAAUCUAUUUGAUCAAAACAACACCGACACUUCCAUCCACUCCACGUCCUGACUCGCCGCUGUCAACGCUGCCGUCCCCAGAUGAACCUGCCUCACCGACGAAAAAGGAAAGGACAAGGAAUCGUGCCGCCCCCAACUGGACUUCCAUUGUCACGAAAACAAGACGGUACGUUCGUCAGCUCGCAGCGGCAGCGGUUUGUGUGGCAUCACCACCAUCUGCCAUUGCCUCUUUGCAUGGCGGUGGGGUCAUUCCAAGCUCUCAGCGUCAAGUGCUUACGGUUAUGUCCAACCAUUUUCAUGAGUUAAUUGAAUUGUCUGUGCGCUAUGAUAACUCUACUAUGCUGCUGAAUCUCAUGAACUCGGCUCCCGCAGAGCUGCAAGCAUGCGUCAAGAAUGUGUGGCGUGAGUUGAUGAUGAAAUAUCAUAUUGACGUGGUCGCCAUCGCUGCAGGAAGCAUGAAUAUAAUAAGGACGCUUGCGAGUGUCCCUGAAACGGCCCCACUACUAAGCAGCGAGCGAUAUGAACGAAUCGAUCUCGCCACUGGCCUUUCCGAGGAGGUAGUUAUGGCACGGGAUGCGGUUUCGGAAACAUCGUCAGCCGCUACGAAACUCACGCAUUCGCCUGGAAACACGAUGCUGGUGCGUGGUGAGCACACAGGCAGUUUCUCUGCCGUGAUCUCAUCACGUAGGUCGUUUAUUAGAGCCACCGUUGCCGCCAAUGAAAAUAAAUGGAACCACAAAAAAACAAGGGAUAGCAAGCAGACGGUGGUGAAUAUCCUCGCACUGGAUGUAUCGAGGGUUGGCAUGAGCCCGGAUGAUGGCGUGGGCGACGCUGAAAAAUAUGAAACCAGCUUACAGUACAUGGAUGUGAUGACAGCAGCUCGCGAAAGAACGACGGCUUCGGCAGUCACGUGGGGAAUAGGUGCUGCCGCACGACCCAUUGCAUUGCAAGAAAAGGGUAGAGCAAAUUCUCAUGUGACAACCCAAUUGCAACCCAAUUCUUUCUCCUCUGUGCAAAGAAAGGUGAGUGCCAUGGCAAUUAGCGAUGACUUUCCGGAGCGCAUGGGUCAACCUCAGGGCACUGAUGGGGGGGGGCUCUCCAUGUCAUCCGUGCGACGUAAAUCACGCAAACGAUCCGCGACGCUGGAAGUUACACGUGCCUCAAACGCCUUGCGUCAGGCCUCACCGCCAUUGGAGCAAUUGGAUCCGCUUCCACCACCACAGUACUUUCCUUAUUAUUUGUGUGACUGGGCGCUUCACGCGACACUUGUACUACACGCACCGCGGCCGUCGUGUCGAACGAUUGACACCCUGCUUUACCUCAUGGAUCAACGUGCCCCCCUCACUGCUUCGGCAGUACAACUUUUUUUGGUGGCCUCGCGACCAUUGAAUUACUGGGAAUCCUCUGACGGCCAACCAAUUACGCUGAACUACGCAACACGCACAAACAAAGACACACUGUUGCAUAUUUUGGUCCAGAAUAAUCAACUUCAACUUGCCCACUAUUUUUUGGCGGCUGCCUUGUGCUACUUUACAUAUUAUCAAUAUGAUCCACCGAGUACUAUGCCGCCACACUUUGCACUGAUGGAUAUGCCAAAACCGCAGAAGCCUUUUCAGUCUUCAGAUUUGCCCGGAACAAACGAAACAGAGGAGCUGGAAACAUUAGAAGAGGAGAGUGUUUAUCCUGCAGUUUUUUUACGGAGCAUGUUGCAGAUAAAUAAGCGCGGCCUCACACCUUUUGACUACGCCCGUGGGCCAAUGGUGUCACUACUCAUGGAAUACGGUUGUGUACCACCAACAUACCGCCCUAAUCCGCGUGGAUUUUGCCGCGCCAUUCGAUUAUCCUUCGCCCCCUCAGCCUUUUACCGAGUCCCUAGGCUUCUACUUGUGUCUGCGAAUUUUAUUGAGCUACACGACGAGGGGAAACCAAAGCCACGAAACCAUACAGCAGAACUAUUGGCUAGGGACGCUGCCGAUGCCAUGUUGAUUCGUAAUCAGAAAGCUAGUCAACACACGACAAAAGUAAAUUUUUUGCCAUCAGUUCUUGCAGGCAACGUGAGUCUGCUGCAUCUGGGAUUAUGCUCCGCCGAUGACGAACUUGUGUUGCAGUACAUCAAAGAAAAACGUGAGCGACAAUUGCUAAGCUUUGCCUUGUCACAAGUGCCGCAGAACGCACCCACACCGUAUUCGAUGCCGCAAUUUUUGGGUACAGCAGUUGGAACUCGGCCACGGGGCAAGAUGGCACACCCUACCGUCCCUAGAACGAAUCGUUUGUCCAGGAACGAAUCCCCUGUACAGCGUGGAGCAGCUGAAAAGGAGCUGCCAAGCGCUUUGAAGCUUAUGAAUAUUCUUCGUGAACGUGGCUUUGUGUUGUUUCCUCUUAUUCUUCCUCUGGACCUUGAGACAAGUCAACCACCGCGCGAGGGCCACUGCAAUGAUAGUACUGCAAUUUUGAUCAGCCUGACCCCCAUGGCACUGGCAACCUGUGCGGGUGUUGUGAGGCGAGAUGAGAAUCCCCAGGCAAAUAAAUGGCCGAGUAAACCCAAGGAUGCAAUUAGGUCAACCUCCAAUACCAAGACUUCCUUCAUUCCGCCACGUUUCACACCAACGGUGGGAAAGAGCUAUCAUCCUGCAGAGGCUCUCGAUGCGUGGGUGGCUUCCCGCCGUUCAGCGAAGACGGCAACACCUGGAAAGGAUCCACACAUGAAUCUGCUUGUCAGGUCUAUUGAAAACGGUCUUGCCGGGCGCACGAUUCAGUUUCUCGGACUUUAUCCAGCUCCUUCUUAUGAGUCCCAAAAGUAA